GUUUAUUAGGUACGUAAGCUCUGAUAACUGUUGGAAUGCUGUACUGUUCCAUGAAUCAUUAUACAGUACUUACUAUCACAUCAAAAACGGAAAAUUAAAAUUGAUUUCACAGCGAUUAGAAAAAAAACUGGGAACUCGCGCACAUUUUCAUCAAUGUUCAAUUUAAUGCGCGCAAAUUUUGUUGGCUUUUUGUUAUUUUUCUGUGUCGAUUUUUUUUAUCAUUUAUUUCUGAAAGAAUAAGAUUGGAUUUUAUCACCCUACCAGAAUUCAAUAAGUAUUCCAGAGAUUUGAAUCACCUCGACGACUAAACAUGUCCACACACGACGUUCCGCUCAUUUCAACACCCAAAAUAAACCCAUGCGAUCGCAACACAGCCACUAAACUACUCUCGCUGAUGAAAGAAAAAAAACUAGACGAGUUCGUAGAAAUAAUUCAUAAUAAUAUUUUCAACAUAGACCACUAUUACGAACCGCCGGAAAAUGGUACACUUUUGGAGAUCGCCUGUCGUUCAUACGGGUACAGUGAUUUCGUCAAAGUUCUCAUCGAAUACGGAGCAGCGGGUAUUUUGAGCAGAUCGUCCAAUCGCAAGCAUUUGACAGACUCGAUGAUCGAUUCGAAUGAUGACUCGAAUGAAACAGAUUCACAAAAUGCAGCUAAGGGUGGAAAUGCCGAUGCUCAGUAUACGUAUUUACAAUACGCUUGUAAUUUGGGAUUUGUCGAUGUUGUAGAUAAACUUUUGAAAAUGGGAGUCGAUCCGAACGAACGGUACUCGAAUGAUACAGAUACACCGCUUAAAAUAGCAGGCCAGAAGGGGUUCCACGAGAUCGUCUUUCAUUUAGUGAAUAAUCCGGCUAUAUCGCUCGAGAUAGACGAUAUCAAACCUGUACUCGAGUCCAUCUUUGAUCGUAUUUUUGAGCUGGAAGUUGAUCCCGAGUCCAUGUCCAACGAUAAUGUUGACGACGAAGAACGAGACUAUUACAAAUGUCUGGAAUAUAUUUUAGGAAGAGUGUUUCGAAUACCGGUGGAAAAUUCGAACAAAUUGAAUAAUUCUAAAGAGAAACGGAAACCAAUACAGAAACCUAGAAGAAAGAAACUGAAAAAUGAAGUCACUGAAAUGUAACUCUACAUAAUAACAUUUGAAUAAUUUCAAUUGUUGUGUUAAGUUUUGCCUGUAUGUACAUAUUACAAAAUCUACUUCUGCAUAUUUGCUUA